CAAAAAUAAAUAAAUGUUAAAAAAAUUUUUUUUAAAUACAAUGUUUCUUAAAUACCUAUGAACAAAAAAAUUCAGUCUUUGUAGGUAGAUUCUUGUUUAUGUUGAGGCAUACCUUCAACACUCAAGCAGUUUACAGCUUUCUUAGCCCUCAUUUUAUGUGCAUAUACUGAAGGUCAGCCAGAGUAUAGGGCCUUCACAGGUCUUUUGUUUUUUUUUAAUGUUUAUUUAUUUAUUUUGAGAGAGAGAGUACUUGCGGGAGGGGCAGAGAGAGAGGAGGAGAGAGAUAAUUCCAAGCAGACUCCGUGCUGUCACUACAGAGCCUGACAUAGGGCUCUAUAUCACGAACCAUGAGAUCAUGACCUGAGCUGAAAUCAAGAGUCAGACGCUUAACUGACUGAGCCAUCCAGGCACCCCUCAGGUCUUUUCUGAGCAUGCUCCCAGCACUGGACUUGCCCAGGGCCUUGGUUCCCUAGAAUAUGCAGGAGCUUUUCAAAGCCCUUAUGCCCAAAGUAUUUACUUCACCCAUCUUUUCUCCCAUGCUUUUUUCUUGGUGUUUUGUUUGCCACAUCUCUUCUUCCUUGCCCUAGGUGGCUUUGGCUGCUAUAUUUGCCUUUAACUGUUUUUAACAAAUGCCAAUCCGACACUUUAGAAUCAUAAAUUUAUAUACACAAUGGAAUACGUGGCAAUGAGAAAGAAUGAAAUAUGGCCUUUUGUAGUAACAUGGAUGGAACUGGAGAGUGUUAUGCUAAGUGAAAUAAGUCAUACAGAGCAAGACAGAUACCAUUUGUUUUCACUCUUAUGUGGAUCCUGAGAAACUUAACAGAAGACCAUGGGGGAGGGAACGGGAGAAAAAAAAGUUAGGGAGGGAGGCAAACCUUAAGAGACUUAGAGACUGAGAACAAACCGAGGGUUGAUGACAGGUAGGUGAUGGGUAUUGAGGAGGGCACCUGUUGGGAUGAGCACUGGGUGUUGUAUGGAAACCAAUUUGACAAUAAAUUUCAUAUUAAAAAAAUAAAAUCAUAAAUUUUAUGGUAUUUGGACUAUAUACCCAACUUUUAAAAAAAUAUUUAUUUUUGAGAGAAAGAGCAUGAGCAGGGGAGGGCCAGAGAGAGAGAGGGAGACACAGAAUCAGAAGUAGACUCCAGGCUCUGAGCUGUCAGCACAGAGCCCAAUGCAGAGCUUGAACUCACAAACUAUGUUUCAUGACCUGAGCCAAAGUCAGACAUAUAACUGACUGUGCCACCCAGGUGCCCCCUCCCCAAUUUUUUUUAAUAAGCUCUAUACCUAGCAUGGGGCUUGAACUCAGGACCCCAAGAUUAAGAGUCACAUGCUAUAUGAACUGAGCCAACUAGGUGAUCCUAUAUACAGUUGUUGGUUUGUUUUUUUUUAAUGUUUACUUUUUGAGAGAGAGACAGAGUGUGAGUUGGGGAGGGGCAGAGAGAGAGAGGGAGACACAGAAUCUGAAACAGACUCCAGGCUCCAAGUUGUAAGCACAGAGCCCAACAUGGGGCUCGAACCCACGAAUCAUGAGAUCAUGACCUGAGCUGGAGUUAGACACUCAACCGACUCAGCCACCCAAGCACCCCAUCCUAUACCCAGUUUUUAAAAACAGCAGAACAUGCAGAGGAUCCAGUAUGAAGAAUGUGGUCCAAGAAGGGUCAAGAACAAGUCAUAGAAAAAAAAUUUAAAAUCUGAUACAUCACGUUAUAGUAGAAUACCUUAUGUUCAAUAAUUGUAAGUUGUCAACAUUCUGAAAGAAAAUGAUCCUUACCCCUCUGGCUUUCACCUGGCUGGCUGUAGCCAGAAAUUUGGUCAGCAGUUGUUCCUUCCCUCAGCUGUCUAAGAUACAAGAUUAGUGUUUGGGCUCCAGUUUGUUCUUUUUGGUUUCAGUUAUGAUUUGUUUCCCAAAUAUUGCUUAAUAAAAUAGUUUUAUUUAGUCCUUUAUGGACUCUUUCUCUAGGAUUUAUGCCAAAGCCACAGCUUGUUUGAUGAAGUGAUAAUGAGCAAAAAAGCUGACCUAGAGCCUUGUCAAAUACAGGGAUUGGGCCCUUUUUGCUAAGCACUGUUGAUACUUUCUUUGUUUACUGGUAGGCAUCAAAGAGAGAGGGGAGUCCUUUGGGAUUCUCAGACUAUAGAAUUUCCUGAGCACAUUUUUCAUGGUUUACAUAAGCUUGUGCUCAUAAAUUGAAUGGACUUAAAAAAAAAAAUAGAUUGCCUUUACAUGUAGAUAUAAUUUGAUUACAGAGGCAUAUUUAUUUAAUUUUUUUUAAAGAGACAUUUUAUUUUUUUAAUGUUUAUUUUUGAGAGAGAGAGAGAGAGCACAAGCAGGAGAGGGGCAGAAAGAGAGGAAGACCUAGAAUCAGAAGCAGGCUUGAGGCUCUAAGCUGUCAGCACAGAGCCCAGUGCGGGGCUUGAACUCACAAGAUUGUGAGAUCAUGACCUGAGCCGAAGUUGGACGCUUAACCGACUGUGCCACCCAGGUGCCCUUGUUUUGCUAUUUUUUUGAGAGCACAUGCAUGCAAGUCGGGGAGAGGUCAAUAGAGGGGGUGACAGAGGAUCCAAAGCAGGCUUUGCGCUGACAACAGACAGCCCAGUGUGGGGCUCAAACUCACAACCCCGAGAUCAAGAGUCACAUGCUUUACUGACUAAACUAGCCAGGUGCCCCUUUCUUAGAUUCCUUUUAUGGACUUAACCUUAAGAGUACGUAUGUAUAAUGAAAACUCCUACUAUUCAUAUAAUGUGAAUUUAGUCUCUUAAGCUGGGGCUGGGGUGUUUAUAUCCUGAAACACACAGGUAUUUUCUGAAAUACUGAAUACUACUGACAGUAGCAUCAUGGUAGUGACAUCUGUAUUUGUUAAGAGGUCCUCAAAUAUAAGUUACUAAGAACUGCUGCCCUAGUUAUUUAUUAUUGUAUACAUGUGAAAGAAGCAGAGACAGACUGAGAUUUAUGUGCUAAGGUGUGGGUAGAAUGAAAAUAAUAGAAGGCACUAUAAAAGCAGACAGGACAGAAAACAGAGAAUGAAUAUCUUUGAUAAAAAAGUUUUAAAAAAAUAAUGAAUUAGGACUGGCAAUACAUAUAGAGCAAGUGCUCCCUGAACCUUACCCAAGGAAAAAACUAUUUGUGGUAGGAUGUUUUAGUUUUUAGCGUUUUUCUUGAUUAUAACUGGAGUAAGAACACCUGAAGUUUUUUAAACUCUAUUCUCAUAUUAGGUAUGCUGAUUUCUUUCUUUGGCACAGGUCACGCUGCUGUUUGAAUUUAUGUACAAGUGACUCAUGUAAACUCAUUUUUAGCAAUUUCAUACUUAAUGAAUUGGUAGAAUAUUGUAGAAUCUGACCCUUAAGUUUUACACUUUUAGCCAGCAGUGUAUCAGCUGGUUUAGAUCAUGUUAUCAUUUAAUGAAUAGUAUAUAAGAAACCCAGUCUACUGUAUUAGAUAUUGUUGUGUUUUUACUCACAUAGAAAGAGAUUAGAUGCUUGAACUAGUUGGAGUCUGGUAGUCCUUUGUGGCUGUGCACCUGCUUGCUGUUGCUUUGAAGGUGGGUGAGUCUAUAGCCCUGGGAAGGAAGAAGUCAUAGAAGCUGACUUAUCCAUAACAGGUCUUUAGGUCCAUUGGUGCAGCAAAUUUCAAGGCUAAGAGAGGAAGACUGCUUCUGAUCCCUGUAGGAAGGGGAAGCAGGAAAAGAAAUCUCAACAUGGAAAAGGUCUCCCAGGAAAGCAAAGGAGAAAAGCAGGCUGCAGUGCAGAAUGCAGAAGAAGCCCAUCCUUUGGGAAGUGGUGAAGGCCAGGAGCUUGGAGGAAAUAGUAGAACAGGUUGGGCCUCACCUGCCCAUGAUGUUAGACAGGAUAUGCCCAAUAGGCUUGUCAGUAACCUUGAUAUGAUAGAUGGAGUUGCUGAUGAUAUGGAACGGUUCAUGGAGGAGAUGAGAGAGAUAAGGAGGAAAAUUAGGGAGCUUCAUUUGAGGUACAGUUUGCACAUUCUUAUAGGACAUCCCCCUCAUCCUGACUAUCGUGAUGAGUUUUAUCUUAUGCCUUGAAUGCUGAGGUUAAUAUUAAUAAUAAAACCUCCUGCUUCCCAAAGUAACGUUUUCUUGAUGUACCCUUUGCUGUGAAUUUGGUGUUCUGUCAUAUUUCUUUCUUUCUUUUUUUUUUUUUUUAAUAAAGUUGUUUUUGUUUUGUUUUGGAAAGAGAAAACGGGAGGGGCAGAGAGAGGGGGAACAGAGGAUCUGAAGCGGGCUGUCGUUUUUCUGUUUGGAUAUUUCAUUUUGAGUUAGUCUGGAAGUUUUUCUGUCAGCAGGGGAGUUUCAGAAAUUUGCAUGGAAAAGUUUAUUACAUACUGUGAAGGUAGUAAAGCAGUUUAAAAAGCAGUCUGUAGAUAAACUCUCUCAUUUAAAAGCAUGCAUAUUGGGGCACCUGGGUGGCUCAGUCACUUAACCAUCCAGCUGUUGACAGUUGUGAGAUUGAGCCCAAAGUUGGGCUCAGCACGGAGUGUGGAACCUGCUUGGGAUUCAUUCAUUACCUCUCUCUCUCUCUCUCUCUCUCUCUCUCUCUCUCUAAACAAACUUUAAAAAUAGAUGCACCUGGGUGGCUCUGUCAGUUGAGAGUUCAUCUCUUGGUUUCAGCUCAGGUCAUGGUCCCAGGUCAUGGGAUUGAGCCCCUUGCUUAAGAUUCUCUCUCUUCCUCUCUCUCUGCCCCUCUCCCCAGCUUGUGCUCUCUUUCUAAAAAAAAAAAAAAAAAAGAAGAAGAAGAAUAGCACGCAUAUAUAUAUACACACACACACACACACACACACACAUAUAUAUGAGAUUACUUGGCUUGAAAAUCAUUGUACAGUGGACAGAUCCAGACAUGGAGAAAUUCGACAUGGACCCAGAGAUACAAAGCAAAUAGAGAGUGUGGUAUGAAGUCUAGAGAUCCACAGCAUUCUUUACCUUGGGACUGAGGAACUAAGAGGUUAUUAAAAGUCUGUUUUCAUUUGCAAUCUCUGAGC